CAAUCCCGUGUUCGGCUCCUCGUGUGACAUGAUUAGAAUUCCGUUCCAUCUACGACAACCCCCGGGACGCACCCUCCACUCGCUGGUGAGGAGCUUUGCCUCAACGAAGCCGGCCGAUUUAUCCGGGACACAGGAAAAGAGCACCCGGCAAAAGAUCAAUUUCCACGAGCUUAAACAUCCGAGCAAGGUUCCCCAGCGUCCACACAAAUCUACGAUUGACGGCCAGUCGACACCAACCCGCAUCCCGGUGGACGCCCAAACGGUGCAGCUGCUGGAGCGGUUAAGCCUGGUGGAUCUGGACAGCGCCGAGGCCCACCGGACGCUCGAGGACGCGAUCGAGUUUGCGUCGCAGAUUCUGUCCGUGGACACCGAUGGCUUAGAACCGCUGUACACGGUGCUAGAGCGGGAGCGGUUGACGCUGCGCGAGGACCGCGUGUCCGACGGGAACAUCCAGCAGGAUGUGCUGAGGAAUGCACGUGUUACCGAGGAGGAGAACUUUGUGGCGCCACCGGAAAAUAUUCCACUCGAGCAGGAACCGAGGAAGUGAGCUUU